AUGUCGUCCGAAGUCUCCGGGUUGGCUGACGCGCUUGCUGCCCAGGCUGUUGGCCAGAUCUGCUCGAAUGCAUCUAUGUCCCAUAACCUCGCACAAUGCCAGAAGCUCGUGCAGAAAGCCGUGGCGGCCGGAGCAAAGGCACUCUUCCUCCCUGAAGCCUCUGAUUACAUCGCCUCCUCUGCCGCUGAGUCGGUAGAGCUUUGUCAAGAUGUCUCUCAUAGCUCAUUUGUUCGCGGUCUUCAACAAGCAGCUAGAGCUCAUUCCUUACCUAUCAAUGUCGGAAUCCACGAACCAACAGACCCACCUUCUAAAAGGAUCCGUAACACCUUGAUCUGGAUCGAUAAAGAGGGGGAUAUCGUACACAGAUACCAGAAACUACACCUUUUUGACCUUGAUCUUCGUCCAAGCGGACCGAGGCUGAAGGAGAGUGACUCGACAGAGCCCGGCCAUGAGAUUGUUUCACCAUAUGCUACAUCAGUGGGCAAAAUUGGUAGCUUGAUUUGCUUUGACCUGCGAUUCCCCGAGCCUGCACUCAGAUUGCGUAGGGAGGGUGCCGAUAUAUUGCUCUAUCCGUCCGCAUUCACCGUGCCAACCGGCAAACUCCACUGGGAGAUCCUGCUGAGAUGCCGAGCCAUCGAGACUCAGAGCUGGGUUGUGGCUUCGGCGCAAUGUGGUAGACACAACGGGAAGCGUGUGAGCUAUGGUGAUACUAUCGUUGUUUCACCGAAUGGCCAGGUUGCUGGGCGGCUGGACCACGUGGAUGACAUAGAUAAGGAGGAGGAGCAGGCCCGGGAGCCAGAUAUCCUCACAGUUGACAUUGAUCUUGAUACACUGAGAGACGUCAGACGAAGUAUCCCUUUGCUUAGAAGGACUGACGUCUACCCGGAGAUCUAG